CUUCAACACACCUGAUGGGAGGUGCUGAGCAGUGAAAACAUGAAUGAUAAUUCUUGAAGCCUCCAAAUAACAAACGGCAUCGUUUAUAGCGUCCAUUACGGUUUUUCUCUAAAUUCUUGGGAGUAGUGGACGUGGUUAUCUUCCCUAUCUUAAUGCUUCUAUUUCCCAAAAAUAAUAUCAACAAACAGUGUGAGAUCGUCUUUCUUUUUUCGAUUCUCUUUGACCCCAGCACCUAGUUCCAGUUUGUUUCUAGUAACUGGAGGUAAAAUUUCUCACUUUUUCAGUCGUCACAAUGUUUGAGGUGUCAGUUCUUUCAACUACCUUUUCACUAGAGGGAGGUGAAGUGAGUUCGCCUCCUUCCGAUAUUAAGGCAGCCACUACUAGUACUAUCACAAGAACUUCUUCUACCCCCUUUAUCUCUACUGUUCACGAUAGUAGUUGUUCUUCAUCAAACGGCCCUUCUAUGUCUACUAGAAGGAAUAACAUCAAAUAUAGUGCCUCAUCUCGUGCUGCUGCUACCUCCACGCGGUUCUUUGACCUGACUUCGCUUGGUCCCUCUGCUCUCCUGCUCUUAGGCAGCUGCGCGACUAGUGAAGUUCGAGCAACAGCGGCAGCCGACGCAACCGGUCACGCUACUAGUACAGCGACAAGUGGCGCAGACGAGGGUGUUUCAGUUAUGGCGAACGAUCAGAUAUAAGCACUCGAAAACUUCUUGAAAUAUGUAGCGAGUUAGUGAUUGAAAUAAGGCACGUAGCUUUUAAAGGCUACUCUUUGCUCUUCAGAAGUAUCUCGGUUAUUCUAAGUCGUUACUCGCUUAUUUUACAGUUUAUCGGAAGAUUAUAGUUAUACAGAGAAGACGUUCUUUAGAAUAAAUUCCUUGCAUAGAAGAAGUAGAAUUUGUACUUCUACUCUACUUUUUCAUAGACGAAAAAGACAACAUACUACUAACUACUUACUUACUUCUUUUCUUGUAUUAAUUUUUUUGACUUCCUCCAAACCUUAUGGGCUACCUUCUAAUUCCACCACCCCAUCGACGAAAGGACCGCAGCACGAGGAGUGGGAUAAGUUUUGGCUGAAGGUGGCCAUCACGCUCAUCUUCAUCGCCUACCUACUUCUUUCGUACAAAAAACACAUGGGCAACACUUUGGACGCCAAUCUCCGCCAAAAGGCGGAUGCCGCAAAACCAGCACUAGACGCAGCAGACGAGGAGAGACCACCAAAGAAGGAGUUCGGGCCGCCACCGCCAGAUAGAGAUGUGACGAAAGAAUGUUAUGAAGAGCCGACGAACAGGACAUUACUCAUCGUCAUACGUACUGCCAGAGUAGUUUAUUCUACUGCAGCAUGUUAGCAGAAAAGUUAUUCAAGUAAGUAAUGAAGAGUGAGCGUUCACGAGGUAAUGAGGAGGGCUUUUGCUGUACUUAUAGCAGAGUAGUUUAUAGCACGCAUGGUGCAUGGAGUAGCAUGGAGGGCAUGGAGCGCAGAGCUUUAAGGGGCGCAAGAAGCUCGCCCUUUAGCUCCAUGCUACUCCAUGUGAUCCAUGCACUCCAUGCCAUGCGAGCUGUGAAACCUUAUAAAUUGCUCUGGCUACUCUAUGUCUAUUGCCCUUGUGGUUGUUCCGCUGGCAUGACGUGUUGGUUCUAUCCAUCGGUCAUAGAAGACGAUAGCAAGGCCAUUUAUUGUUCUUAUUCUUCUUAUGUAUUGCCUAUCUAUUGCAUCAGUUCUUAUCCUUGUUAUGUCAAGCAUCAAACUCAAAUCUUCGACUCGCCUCUCUAAUACCCGACUUUCGAAACCUUACGCAAUUAUGAUGGAGACAAGGAUCGGAUGUACAUUGCAGUAUGUGGCAAAGUUUUCGACGUGCAGGAUAGCGACAACUUUCGAUGUGAUUUUGGUACAACUUGAAGUUGCUUGCUAUGAUACUAGACUUAAAAGUCUUUGUCUUUAUUACUCCUGUAUUCAUAGUUUAUUUCAUCCGCUAGUUAUGCUGUACCAAUUCCAUGAUGAAGAGGCGAUCAUCAAGAUGAAAAGAAUCACGAUUUUCAUCUUUCCUACCGUCCUACGUACAGGCUACGGCAAAUUAUGGGGUGGUAGGGAUGCGACGUACUCGUUAGCCAUGCUAUCUCUAAAGCCAGAGGACGCUGCAAAACUAGACUGGAAAAUUGACGACCUCCCGGACCAGAAUAAGGAAAGUACUCAAGACGACCUGAUUCUAUUUUCUGAUACUUAAAAUAGAAUAGAAGCUUUGGCGUCCUCCACUCUUUACGACCUCUAACUUGGCCUUUACUAUAAUUCUGUACUUAUAUACCCUUUACCUAACCUUAUUUUUUCUUCCUAGUUAGCUUGGCUCCACCCGUAUAUUACGCCCAGAAAUGAAAGUGCUUUCCACCGCGUCUUGCAUUUGGAAAAGUUCCUUGCACAGUACGAAUCUCAUCCUCAGGUCUCAAAAGCUGGUUAGACCAUUUUACGAAGAAAUACACAGUAGUUGGAACCAUGAAGGAGUACGCAGAUUGGGACUUCACUGUUCUUGACGCGUUUGCCAAAAAAACGGAGGAAUAG